AUGGAGCCUCCUUCUAAGAAGAUGCGCAAGCUCUUGGAGCACGACAGCGACAGUGAUUCCGGGGACGAGUCUGGUGGAGUUCUUCUCGGCAAGCAGUCGCCUGAUGCCGGAUUCAAGAUCAAUGAAGACUUCGCUCGACGAUUCGAACACAACAAGAAGAGAGAGGAAGUUGCGAGAUUGGAAGCAAAGUACGGAAAAUCCUCCAGUCUUGGAAACCGCCAAGUUGGUGAAGAUUCCGACGAUUCAACCGAUGAGGAAGAGGAUGACGAUGCUGAGCUCGCCACCGAAGCCCUGGACGCAGAGAUUUCCGCGACUUUGAAGGCCAUUCGUUCCAAGGACCCUCGCGUUUACGACAAAGAUGUCACUUUCUACACCAAGUACGACCCCGAGGCAGCCGAUGCUGCCAAACAACCCAAAGAGAAGUCCAUGACUCUGCGACAAUAUCACACCGAUAACCUUCUGAAGGGUGUUGACCCCGCCGAGGAAGAAAAUGCUCCGAGAACCUACGCCCAGGAGCAGGCUGACUUGAAGAACAACAUUGUCAAGGAGAUGCACGGAAAGGGAGCCGGUUCCGAUGAUGAGAUGGAAGAUGCUGAUGACUUCUUGGUCCGCAAGCCCGGUCAAGAUGUCUCGCUGCCCAAGGAAGAGAUCAAACUCGACAUUGAGAAUGCGGACAAGGAUCCCGAAACUUUCCUGUCCAACUUCCUCUCAGCACGGGCAUGGCUUCCCACCAACAAGGCCGAAAUGCAACCCUUUGAUUCAGAUGAUGACGAGGACUUCAAUCGGGCAGAUGCCUUUGAGGAAGCUUACAACUUCCGUUUCGAGGAUCCCAACAAGAUGAACGAGGCCCUGGUCACUCACUCUCGUGAUCUCACCAACCAGCAAUCCGUUCGUCGUGAUGAGAAGAGCUCUCGCAAGAAGAUCCGUGAUGCCGAGCGCCAGCAGAAGGAAGAGGAGAAGAAACAGCGUGAGACCGAGAAAAACCGCCUCCGCAAGCUGAAGACCGAAGAGCUCCAGAAGAAGGUCGACCAGAUUAAGGAAGUUGCUGGUCUUCGAGCCUCCAACUUCACAGAUGAGGACUGGUCUCGCUUCUUGGACGCUUCUUGGGACGACGAGAACUGGGAGUCAGAGAUGCAAAAACGAUUCGGAGAAGAAUACUACGAUGAAGCCGAAGGCAGUGAUGACAAUGACAAGAAGAAGAAGAAGCCCAAGAAGCCCACAUGGGAUGACGACAUUGAUAUCAAAGACUUGAUUCCCGAUUAUGAGGAUGAGGGUGAGGAAGCCCAGCCUACAAUCGAGCAAUCAGACGACGAGGGCGACGAUGAGGCCUCCGGCUCCAAGAAGAAGAGUAAGGCCGAGGAGAAGCGUAUACAAAAACGUGAGGCCCGCAAGGACCGGAUGCGCAUUGACGAUGCCGUCGAGCGUAAUCUGGAUCUUGACAUCACUCUGCUUCCUGGAGCGACCAAGAAGAACGCGACCAAGUUCCGUUACCGCGAAACCUCGCCGCAGAGCUUUGGUUUGACCGCGCGGGAUAUUUUGAUGGCCGACGACACUCAGCUGAACAAGUUUGCCGGUCUGAAGAAGCUUGCCUCCUUCCGCGAAGAGGAGCAGAAGCAACGUGAUCUCAAGAAGCUGGGCAAGAAGGCCCGACUUCGCGAGUGGCGCAAGGAUACUUUCGGAGACGAGAAUGGGCCAGAGUUCAAGUUUGGUGGCGAUGUCCAGCCUCAAGCUCAGCCCGAGGAGAAUGAGACCAAGCUUGAUAUCAGAGAGGGUGAUGGGUCUAAGAAGAAGAGAAAGCGCUCGAAGAAGCACUAA